GUUCCUGGGCCACCAGGGCUAGAGGGGCCUCCCGGACCUCCGGGGCUCCAAGGUGUUCCUGGACCAAAGGGGGAAGCAGGACUAGAUGGAACAAAAGGAGAAAAGGGCGCCCAGGGAGAAAAAGGAGACCGAGGUCCUCUGGGAUUACCCGGUACUCCAGGACCAAUUGGAGUUCCAGGCCCAGCAGGACCAAAGGGCGAGAGGGGCAGCAAAGGAGACCCUGGGAUGACAGGACCAACGGGAGCAGCUGGGCUUCCUGGUUUACAUGGACCACCCGGGGACAAAGGAAACCGGGGACACCGAGGUUUUAAAGGAGAGAAAGGGGAGCCGGGGUUACCAGGCCUGGACGGACUGGAUGCCCCAUGCCCAUUGGGUGAAGACGGCCUACCAGUCCAGGGCUGCUGGAACAAGUGAUGCCUCUAACCUUGGACUGGCCUGUGUGUGUGUUUGUACAUAGAAUAUUUAUUUUUAUACAGUUUUCACUUUUUGAAAAUGCCAGAAAUAUGAUGCAUCUUACAGAUUAUUAAAAAGAAAAAAGAAAAAUACCUGCAUAUUUUGUACAGAAAAUGUUUGUUUACAGGAUGUUUUGUAUAAGUCUGUGUCUCUAAUACACUUUUUGUUUACGAGUAUGGUUGUAAUGUUUGCAUGACAUUUGUGCACACUUAUUAAUUAUUGAAGCUUAAUAAAUCAUUAAGAUUUCAGUGCCAAA